AUUCACUCACACCGACCUAGGUCUUUCUUUUGUGGAACCGUCGUCAAAAUAAAGGAGACCUUUGUAUCAAAAAUUUCCCGAAAAUUAUAAAAAAUGGCAGAAUCGGAAAUAGUGGAUGCGGACCUUACAAUUGAUGAUUUACUUCCUAAAAGUCCAGAAAGUCUGGCUGAGGAGAAGAAAGAGAGUGGCAACCACUUGUACAAAUUUAAAAAUUACAAGGGUGCUCUUGUAAUGUACGAUGAGGCCAUCCAGCUAUGCCCGGAGAAUGCCUCUUACUACGGCAACAGAUCUGCUUGCUACAUGAUGCUGGGCAUGUACAAGAAGGCCCUGGAUGAUGCGCAGAAAUCUGUUGCGCUGGAUCCAACAUUCACCAAGGGAUACAUCAGAAUUGCAAAAUGCUGCAUUGCUCUUGGGGACAUCUCUGGCGGAGAGCAAGCCGUACGCAGAGCGAUGGAGCUGGGCGGCGCAGACUGCGCAACGAGCGAGCGCCGCGCGCUGGAGUCUCUGCGCAGGCUGCAUGAGGAUGCCCAGCGUGCCAUGGAGGCUGAGGACUACCGCCGUGCUGUGUUCUGCAUGGACCGCUGCCUCGACUACAGUCCGUCCAGCUCUAAGGCGAAAUUGACCAAAGCAGAAUGCUUGGCUAUGAUUGGACGCUGCCAGGAAGCACAAGAAAUUGCUAAUGACAUGAUCAGACAUGACAGUUUGGACGCAGAGGCCAUAUUUGUGCGUGGUCUCUGCCUUUAUUUUGAGGACAAGGAUGACCAGGCAUUUAAGCAUUUCCAACAAGUGUUGCGUCUUGCACCAGAUCACAAGAAAGCAAUGGAAACUUAUAAGAAAGCUAAGCUUCUCAAGCAAAAGAAGGAGGAAGGAAAUGAGGCGUUCAAGAUGGGCCGCUGGCAGCAAGCCCUAACCCUGUACAACGAAGCCCUCACCAUCGACAAAAACAACAGAGCAGUCAAUGCCAAGCUCUAUUUCAACAAGGCCACGGUGUGCGCCAAACUCAACCAAAUCAAGGAAGCCGCUGAGGCUUGCACCGCUGCUCUUGAAUUAGAUGAAAACUAUGUGAAGGCCCUUCUCCGUCGAGCCAAGUGCUACACAGAACUAGGAGAGUACGAGGAGGCAGUCAAGGACUAUGAGAGACUAUACAAGAUCGAUAAAAGCAAAGAAAAUAAAAUAUUACUCCAAGAGGCCAAGCUUGCUCUUAAGAAGUCGAAACGCAAAGACUAUUAUAAGAUACUUGGGGUCGAGAAAUGUGCAUCUGAAGAUGAUAUUAAGAAGGCUUACAGGAAGCGCGCCCUGGUGCACCACCCGGACCGGCACUCGGGCGCGCCGGAGGGCGAGCGGCGCGAGCAGGAGCGCCGCUUCAAGGAGGUGGGCGAGGCCUACGGCGUGCUCAGCGACCCCAAGAAGCGCGCGCGCUACGACCACGGACACGACAUGGACGACGACAGCGGCGGCAUGGCCGACAUUGACCCGAACGUAGUGUUCCAGACCUUCUUCAACCGCGGGGGCCAACACUUCGACUUCCAGUCGGGGGGAGGCUUCCCUGGAUCCGCAUUUAGCUUCCAGUUCGGUUAAUCUUUAGCGAAACUAACAAAACAAUGUCCCAGAUAGAUACAAAAAAAUUACUAAUUCUAUACAUUGCCAUUCCAAAUUAUUUGAACCAAAUUAGUGCACUUAAUUUGAUCAUGUAGCGACCACGUUUCUACUGAUUGUUUUAUACCUACUCGACAUU